AUUAGAUUUUUUUACACACAUAUAACUGGGUAAAUAAAAACAAGUUAUCACGAGAAUAUUUUACUACAUAUUUUACUAUUUAUAAUAUGCACUUGGAUAAAUUCACUCAUUGAUCAUUCUCUGAAUAUGGCGCCAAUUUCUAAAAGGUUAUGUCAUAUAUACGUGAUAGCGCUAUAGUAGUGUAUUAGAAAGUUUAUAUUAAUGAGUGUUGAUGAGUUAUUAAUGAUGUGUGAGACCGUGUGAGAUUGUGCGUAAUUGAUAAAGAAAAAAUUCGGUAGUGUAAUUAAAAAUGAUUUAAGAAAGAAAUGAACGACUAGUAUAUAGAAUAGUGGAUGUUUUGAAAGUUAGAUAAAAUGGAACUCAGUGAGGGAACGGAUCAAAACGUUAACAAGGAUCAAAAUAACGAAAACGAUGACGCAAAAGGUAGCUGUGCCAAUCUUAAGAAGUCGAUACCACUUGUGAAUAAAUUGUUUCACAUACAUUAUAAAGUUGGAGAAGGUGCAUUUAGCUCAGUGUUCCUGGCUACCUUGAAGUCUUCCAAAGAAUGUAAAAAAUUUGCGCUGAAACUUCUUAUACCUACUUGUCAUCCCGAGAGAGUUAAACGUGAACUGGAAUGCUUGCAAAUGAUAGGAGGCAAGGAUCACAUUGUUAGCUUAGAAUUGUGUUUGAGACACCAGAGUUCAGUAGCAUUUGUCAUGCCGUAUAUGAAGCAUGAAAAAUUUUCAGAAUAUGUCAAAGAAAUGACUGUUGAAGAAACAAAGGAUUAUAUGAGAGCUUUGUUAACAGCUCUACAAAGAGUCCACAAAUUUAACAUCAUACACAGAGAUAUUAAACCAAGUAACUUUCUUUACAAUCGUAUAAAUAGAAGAUAUUUAUUGGUAGAUUUUGGUCUUGCUCAACAAUAUAAUGUAGAGAAUACGUGGGCUGGAAUAGAAAUAGAAGAGAAAAAUAUACAAAUGUAUACUACAAAGCGAAAAAGAUCUGACGAGAAUAACUUGAGACUUAAUUCUACUGGAAAAAAAGAUGCGGAUAACAAGUGUUGUUGUUUUGGAAAACCCAAAGUUUGUUCGAUAUGCUUAGGAAAACCGCAGCAAGAAGCACCUCGUGCUGGUACACCUGGAUUUCGUGCUCCGGAAGUUCUACUAAAGUAUCCUUGGCAAACACCAGCAAUUGAUAUUUGGGCCAGCGGUGUAGUGAUGCUGUGCAUACUCAGUGGCACACAAACGUUUUUUCGUUCACCCGACGAUUGCACAGCUUUAACCGAAAUCACAACAAUAUUUGGAUCUCAAAAAAUGCAACAAUGCGCAGAAAAAUUAGGUAAGAAAGUUAUUUUUAGCGAAAAUUUACCAGGCAUUGAUAUUGUAUCUUUAUGUACAAAGUUACAAAACAGAAACAAGAGAGUUACAUGUGAUAGGGAGAAUAGUGUACACAACGAGGUAUUACUAGAUAUCCAAUAUCCAAAGGAAGCUUACCAUCUUUUAACAAGACUUCUAGAUCUCGAUUACAAAACACGCAUUACCGCAGAACAAGCUUUGUCUCAUCAAUUUUUGAAUUCGUGAUGUCUUGUGAUGUUCAAACUACAACUUUUUUUUGUUAUAUACAUUAUUGUAUUUUUAAGUUUAUUUUUCUUGUUAAAAUAUAUGUGUAAUAAUACAAUAACAUAUAUUUAGUCUAAAAAAAAAUUAAAGUUAUUAAGAAUUUGAAACUCAAUCCCGGUAAAAUUUGAAAUUUAAUUAACAAUUUAAGUAUUAAUAUGCGAGAAAUUAAAACUUGGAUUUAAACUUGAUCUCUACUACUGUACAAUAUCACUUUUUAUAAGCAAAAUGGUGAAUUAUACUUUAUAUAUCUUAUGA